UGUGAUAAGUCCCAGCUCCUGGACUCCUGUGAUUAUGGGAAAAUCUCUGCUUUCACUUAGAAAAGGGGGUAUGUUUCUUUUAAAAACAAACAAACAUAAAAGCCUCCUAAACCACACCAAAACCAACACCACCCAUGCCAAAUAAACCUGGAAAACAGAACUCUUUAAAGGUUCCAAAAAGUAGAAAGCAAACAAAAGUAACUUCGACCUUUUAAAACCUCACCCCUUUUAAGCCCAUCUUGUGAUUAUCCUGUGGUUUAGCUCGUGAUUUUUCCUGUGACAACACUGGGAUCAUAAAAUCCCAUUAACCCUUAACAGCCCGUCACUGGGCAUGUGAUACAGCAGAGGGGAAGUUCUCGGUCACGCCUUCCCUCAUCACGAGGUAGGCAAGAGGACUCAGGAGCUGGGGCUGCAGCUGGGAGGAGGAACAGGGCUGAGUUUUCUCUGCUCGGGGGUUGCUGGACCUGGCAGAGCCGGGGGCGGUCACUGAUAGCCGCCUCCCCCAGGCUGGAGGCUCGCUGAGCUGGGUGGGCCUCACUCAGCAUCUGUAUUAGUUCGCCCCCCAGCCUGGAUCAGGGCGGCUCCAUCCAGCUGCAGAACAAGGUCCACGGUUCACUCCUGAUCAUCCCCUUCUCCUGCGGGCCAGGGCAGGGAAAUGGCUGGAGCAGAGCCUGCUCAGGGACCGGUGACCUUCAAGGAAGUGGCUUUGUAUUUCACUGACCCCAGUCAGAGGGCCCUCUACAGGGACGCCAUGCAGAAGAACUAUGCGAACAGGACCUCACAGGGAUCUCCGAUUCCCAAACCCAAUGCUGUCUCCUGGCGGCAACAAGAGGAAGAGCCAUGGGUCUCGGAUCGCCAAGGCUCUGGGGAAAGGGAGAACCCGAGAGGAGACUGCCCAGUGCAGGGAAUUGACUCCUGUCCAGAUCAUCCCACUCGCCUCGGGGAAAUAUUCAGGACCCGCAAAGACUCCCUAUUGCGCAAGGGCACACGCCCCAGGGAGAGACUGAACACGUGCAAAGACUGCGGGAAGAGCUUCCGUCAGCGGUCCAACCUCCUGGCGCAUCAGAGGACCCACGGGGGAAAGAGACCCCACCCAUGCACUGACUGUGGCAAAACCUUCAGUGCCUUCUCCAACCUCCUGCGACACCAGCGUGGGCACGCCGGUGAGAAGCCCUACAAAUGCCCCGACUGCGGGAAAGGCUUCGGGCACAGCUCGGCCUUGGUCACCCACCGGCGGAUCCAUACCGGAGAGAAACCCUACGCCUGCGGGGACUGCGGGAAGCGCUUCAACGUGGUCUCCAACCUGGUGCGUCACCAGCGGAGCCACACGGGCGAAAAGCCCUACAAGUGCCCCGACUGCGGGCGGCGCUGCAGUCAGCGCUCCCACCUGGUCACCCACCGGCGGCUGCACACUGGCGAACGUCCCUAUGUCUGCCUGGAGUGCGGGAAGUGCUUCAACGUCAGCUCGGACCUCAUCAAGCACCGGCGCAUCCACACCGGGGAGCGGCCCUACGCCUGCAGCGACUGCGGGAAAUGCUUCAGCGGCAGCUCCAACCUGCUGACCCACCAGCGGCUGCACACGGGCGAGCGGCCCUACAAGUGCCCUGACUGUGGGAAAGGCUUCACCAUCAGCUCCAAGCUGAUCGCCCACCAGCGCACCCACACCGGCGAGCGGCCCUACAGCUGCGCCGACUGCGGGAAGGGCUUCAGCGACCGGCCCCACCUGGACCGGCACCAGAGCGCCUCCCGGCGCGAAAAGCGCUACAAGUGCUCCGACUGUGGGAAGGGCUUCACCACCAGCUCCUACCUCCUCACCCACCAGCGCAGCCACACCGGGGAGACCCCCUUCAUCUGCGGCGACUGCGGGAAGAGCUUCGCCGUGGUCUCCAACUUGGUGCGGCACCGGCGCAUCCACACGGGAGAGAAGCCCUUCCGGUGUGGUGAGUGCGGGCGGCAGUAUAGCCAGCGAGCCCACCUCACCACUCACCAGAGGGUGCACACUGGGGAGCGGCCCUACGUCUGCCUGGACUGCGGGAAAGGCUUCAAUGUCAACUCCUCCCUCACCAAGCACCGCAGGACCCACACCGGAGAGAAACCCUACGUCUGCCCCGACUGCGGGAAACGCUUCAGCCAGAGCUCCAAUCUCACUAUACACCAGAGGAUCCACACAGGAGAGCGACCCUAUCAGUGUCCCGAGUGCGGGAAAAGCUACAUCCAGAGCUCAGCCCUGGUUAAGCAUCGGAGAACACACAUGGCAGAAAAACCCUACAAGUGCCCUGAAUGCGCAAAAAGCUUCACUGUGAGCACCGCCCUCAUUAGGCACCAGAGACUGCACACGGGCGAGCGAUCCUAUACAUGCCCCGAGUGCGGGAAAAGCUUCAGUGUAAACUCAGACCUUAUCCGACACCAGAGACUACACACAGGAGAGAGGCCUUAUAAAUGCCUGGACUGUGGGAGAAGCUACACACAAAGCUCAGCUCUGAUUAGGCAUCAGAGAAUCCAUACAGGAGAAAAGCCUUAUAAAUGCCCCAGUUGCGGCAAGAGCUUCAGCCAAAGGUCAAAUCUCAUUAAACAUCAGAGAAUCCACACGGGAGAAAAACCGUAUAGAUGCGGCGAAUGUGAAAAAUGUUUUAGCACCAGCUCAAAUCUCGUAACGCAUCAGAGACUCCACACUAGACCAGCGGCGGGCACUUUCUGCGGGGGCUGGAACCAGCUCCGGGCUCUGCCGACACCAGCCCCUGAGCCGGAGCCUGCAGGUGAGGGGAGAGACCCGGGGGAAAGCGCUGGGGCCGGGCAGGAAAGUGACUCUCUGAUCUCACAGGCCCUGGGGACCUGCUGCCAUGUGAAUGUGCCUGCAGCACUGGAGCUGGCUGUGUAUUUCACGGAGGAGAAGUGGGCUGUGCUAGACCCCCAUCAGAGAGCUCUCUACAGGGACAUCAUGCAGGAGAACUAUGAGAACGUGACCGUAUUGGCAGGUGAUGGGACGCGGAGUGAGAACGAAGUGGGGAAUCUGCCUCAGGAAGGUCCUGAGCAAGUGCAACGGCACAGAGCAUUAUCAGAGAACAUGUCCCACAGUCCUGAGCAAGGAGACGCCUGUGAGAGUCAGCACAGGGCAGAGAUGCAGCAGGGAACCCACCCAGGGAACAGACAGGAUAAAUUCACUCACCAGGGGGGCAGUUUGAAAGACCUUAAUAAAGACUUGAUGCAGCCGAGAAUCUGCCCCAAAGAUAAACUGUAUCAGUGUGCUGAGUGUGACAGAAGCUUCAAUCGGAGUUCAAACCUUCUUGUCCAUCAGAGAGUCCACACAGGAGAGAAACCCUAUAACUGCCCCAAGUGUGGGAAAAGCUUCAGUGACGGCUCAGCCCUGACUAAACAUCAGAGGAUCCACACCGGAGAGACACCCUAUGUCUGCUCUACCUGUGGAGAAAGCUUCAAUCAGAGAUCAAACCUUACUGUACAUCAGAGAGUCCACACGGGAGAGAGACCCUAUAGCUGCCCUGACUGCGGGAAACGGUUCACUCACUUCUCAAACCUUGUUAAACACCAGACAAUCCACGCGGGAGAAAAACCCCAUAAGUGCCCCAACUGUGGGAAACAUUUCAGGUGGAGCUCACAACUUAUUAAACACCUUGAUUCACACCAGAGAGCCCACAAGGGAGAAGAACCCUAUCGCUGCUCUGACUGUGGGAAACGCUUCAGUUAUAGCUCACACCUUAAUAGACAUCAAAUUAUCCAUACCGGAGAAAGACCCUAUAAAUGCCCCGACUGUGGGAAAAGCUUCAAGCUGAGCUCCAUCCUUCUUGUACAUCAGAGAAUCCACACGGGGGAGAGACCCUAUCACUGCCUUGAAUGCGGGAAAAGCUUCUGUGACAGCUCAGGCCUUAUUAGACAUCGGCGAAUCCAUACCGGGGAAACACCCUUUCAAUGUUCUGUCUGUGGGAAAAGUUUCACUCGGAAAUCGCAUCUUAUUUCACACCAGAGAACCCACACGGGAGAGACACCCUAUAAAUGUUCUGUCUGUGGGAAAAGCUACAAGGUGAAGGUCUCUCUAAUGUCCCACCAGAAACUCCACACAGGAUAGCAUGUGGCAGGAGCUCUCCCUGUGAGGCAACGGGUCUCUGCCCUUCCAAAGCAAAGUAUAAAUAUGCUGCAUUUGCAGAUGGUCUGGGUAGGGGCAGCAGGUGGGCGGAUGGUUUGGGUUUCAGUGGGGAGUGGUUGGUGGAGGCCAGAGGAGGAGAGAACACUGGGUACGGUGGAAGAUGGGUCAUUUCAGGGUCUGGGGAGAGCAGGCAAUGGGAUUAGUGGGGAGACAUUUCUGCAGGUUCCCCAUACACUUUCCAAUGUAGAGAAAAAGUAAAAAUGCUGCAUUGCACUUUGCGUCUGAGUUGUCUCUGUAGCUGCUAAGCCCUCUUGGGGCAGGGGGAUUUAUUUAGGGAAGCAGCGAGGGGCCCUGUGGGGCCAUAGUGAUAAAGCAGAUUGCAGCCAAUCUGCAGUGACAGGAUAUCAGAGCAAUUCACUGUUUAUUGGAAUCCUCUGCAGACAGGGUGGGGGAAAUUUGGGAAUUCAUGGUGGAGAUUCCCCAGCAAGGUGGGGUUUUGCACUGUUCCUAUGAGUGCAGUAUUGUAUAAUGGGGAGAGCAGGGGGCAUUGGGACACAGGACCCCGGCUCUGAGAGGGGAGUGAGGUCUAAUGGGUUAGAGCAGGGAGGACUGGGAGCCCUGAUUCCUGGGUUCAAUAACCAACUCUGCUGGUGUCUCCUGGUGUGAUCUUGUACCAGCCACGUCCCCUCCUCUCUGUGCAUCUAUUGUUUCAUCUCUACAACGCACAUACUAGCAGUCACUCACCACCCCAUGGAGCUUUGAGAUUGUCACUAGUUACUGUGUAUUCAGUGGCUCAGGAGGAAAGAGGCACCAUGGGAGGAAAGUUGCAUUAUUACCAUUAUUGUAAUGCGUUGUAUUAUUAUGUGACAUUCUCCUGUUCCUUGCUGGGUCUCUGUCAGGGGGAGUGUGUUACAGAGCUGAAGGGAAGGGUUUUAGCUAGGUUCCCUUGUCCUUGUUCUCAGGCACAGGCUGUUACACACUCAGAUUAUUCCUGAAACAACUGCCCUGGGUGGGAGUUUCUCCUUGUUUUAGGAUGGUCUGGGAGGGGAGAGGGUCUCGUGUUUCAGGGCAUUCAGGUUUCAGGUUAACCUCAAUGAAAACUCAGUGAAGUUUUUACCUCAAUGGGUUUUUGAUUUUCCAAAUAAAUUCCUGGUUAAAUGUU